AUGCUGCAGGUCAAUAUUGAAGGCAAGAACACACCAAUGAUGAUAGACACUGGAGCAACUUAUACCUGUAUAAGUUCAAGUCAUGCCUCACACCUCCCCAUGUCUGGCAAGUUCACAAAGACAGUAGGAUUUUCCGGGCAAACGCAGCUAAUUCCAAUAACGGCUCCAGUGCGUCUGAGGACAAAGGACAAAGAAGUAACUCUGCCUAUUUUAGUAUCAGAGCAGACCCCUGUUAAUCUGCUAGGGAGGGACGCCCUAUGUAAACUAAAGCUACAAAUAUCAUGUUCCCCUGAAGGUAUUUACAUAAGCAGCAAGGGAGUUAGGCAAAUGGUAGUCACAGCCCCCCAGGCCAAUGCCUACUGGAUAGGAGAUUUAGAGGAAGAGGUAGGAAAGACAGUGCAAAAAUGGGAAAAGUUUGUUAAAGAACAACUAAAAGAUCCUAAGCUACCUGAAUUAGAAUUCCACUGUACCAUGAUAUAUGACCCACUGAGAAGAGUAGACAUAGAGAAAAAGUGGUUGCAAGAAACAAAAGACAAGAAAGUUCCCCUCAUUUCACAGCACAUAAUUGUAGGACCACAAGGAGCGGCAUUACAAGUUGACAGGAAUGAUUUUAUUAAAGAAUGGUUCCAGAUCCCAAAUUCAGUCCCCCAUAUAACAUUAUAUUUAGAGCAGGGAAGUGAGAACAAAGAAAUAGGCCCAAUGAUGAAGAAAGCCAAGGGAAUACAAUGGAAAAGCACAGACAACCCCUUAAUUUUUAUUUCAGCAGAUAAACAUUUCAUGAAAAUUGCAUGUGCAACAAUUAUGCAGGGAACUCCUAGAGAGGUGGAAGUCAAUAAUCAGAGAAACAUGAGUUCGGAAAUCAUCCUAGAAAAAGAGAUGAAACAAACGGAGCUAAUUGAAGAAAUGGAGCAAUUAGUUCCGGAAAAAUUGUGGUCAAAACAUGACACAGAUGUUGGGCUGAUAAAAUCUGCUAGCCCUAUAGUCAUUAAGACAAAAUCAGGGGCUAAGUUGCCACACAAGUACCAAUAUCCCUUAAAACCUGAGGCAAUAAAAGGCAUCAGAGGUACUAUAGAAGGACUAACCACAGCAGGAGUGCUGUUUGAGACAUCCAGUCCUUGUAACACCCCUAUAUUGCCAGUUACCAAAGCGGAUAAAGCAAAAUGGCGCUUGGUGCAUGAUUUAAGGGCAGUCAAUGACAUAGUAGAAGAUUGGCCAGCAGAAGUUCCGAAUCCUCACACCCUGCUUACAAAUGUGCCGCCUGAUGCUAAGUAUUUUACAGUGAUUGAUCUGUGCUCUGCCUUUUUCAGCAUUCCAUUGGCAGAGAGCAGCAGGCAUUUGUUUGCCUUUACUUAUGAGGGGAAGCAAAUAUCCUAUACAAGGGUCCCUCAAGGGUUCCGCCAUAGCCCUCACAUAUUUAAUCAGCUGUUAAAAGCUGAUCUGGAAGAUCUAGUACUGGACAGUACACUUCUCCAGUAUGUGGAUGACUUGUUGAUCUGUGCCCCUACACUUGAGCAAUGCCACAGAGAUUCCAUUAAGGUUCUGACUAAAUUGGCAGAAGGAGGACAUAAAGCCUCCAAGACAAAGCUGCAGUAUUGUCUUCCCCAGGUAGAAUACUUGGGAAGAAUAAUUGCAUAUAAAACCAAAGCAAUAUCACAAAGUCAAUUGGAAGGAAUUAGCAAAGUGCCGCUUCCACAGACUGUUGGUCAUAUGAUGACAUUCCUGGGCAUGACUGGAUUCAGCUCAGAUUGGAUAGAGGAUUAUGCAAUCAAAACUGCCCCAUUAAGAGCCUUAAUGAAACAGGCAGGGCAGCAAAAUCUGAGAACCACACUAACAUGGAAUAAUGAUGCGACAAUAGCAUUUGAAUCCAUUAAAAGAGAACUGCAAAGUGCUCCAGCUCUCACAAGUCCUGACUAUACAAAACCCUUUCACCUCUAUGUAGCUAACAGAAAAGAGGGAUAUGCCUCUGCAGUAUUGAUGCAGGAGACUUGUAAGGGGAGGGGAAAACAGCCCAUUGCCUUUUAUAGUACAAAGUUGGACAGUGUAGCACAGGGGUAUCCUCCUUGUUAUCAAGGACUUGCAGCUGUAUAUUAUGCUUAUGAGAAGGCUUCUACUUUGACCAUGGGAUACCCUGUGAUAAUAUAUGCACAUCACAAGGUGGUUGAAAUGUUGGAACAAGGUAGAUUUGUUUUAACACAGGCCAGAACCCUGGCAUAUUCAGCUCUUUUGACAUAUCCUGAUGUAACAUUAAAAUAUUGUGCUACUGUAAACCCAGCAAAUUACAUACCUCUGGAUAAUGAAGGCACGCCACAUGAUUGUGUGUCUGAAUCGUUGGCGUUUACCCGUCUUAGACCAGAUUUAGAGUCUACGCCCAUACUAAAUGCGGCGGCUGAUUACUUUGUAGAUGGCUCCUGCUUCAGAGACCAUUUAGGAAAUCAUGCUGGUUUUGCUGUGGUCAAACGAGAAGGAAAUGAAUUUCUUCCUGUAAUUUCUCAGCAGUGUGAACAGCCAUGUUCAGCACAACUGGCUGAGUUGAAAGCCUUGACCACAGCUUGCCAGCUAGCAAAGGGGCAAGUUGUAAAUAUUUAUACAGACUCUGCAUAUGCUCAUGGAGUUUGUCAUCUUUAUGGAGCAGUUUGGAAACAAAGAGGGUUCAGGAAAAGUGAUGGUUCCCCAAUACAGCAUGCUGAGCAGAUAGUACAGUUAAUUUCAGCUAUGAUGCAACCUAAACUCUUGGGUAUUAUUAAGUGCCAAGCUCACAAAAAGGGAAAUGACUUUGUAAUACAAGGAAAUAAUGCUGCCGACGCAGAGGCCAGAAAAGCCUCAGGGUGCCAAGUUGCUGUAAUGGCCCCCAUGGUGUUAAUACAACCCGAGCCCCGAAUUACAGACCUUGCUCGCAUACAAGAGCAGGCAAGUGCUGUUGAACAAUCAGUAUGGCAGCAAAGGGGGGCCACAAGAGAUGUAAAUGGAGUAUGGCGAUCUCAUGAAGGACUAAUCAUUGCACCACAUGUUCUAUUGACUGUGUUAAUUUCUGAGACACAUGGAUUUGAUCAUUGCGGUCGAAAUGAGAUACUGAGAAAAAUCAAGCAACAAGGAUAUUGGUCACCUUAUUUGCAAGCGACAGUGGAUGAUUUUCUAAUAGGGUGUGAUAUUUGUGCUCAGAACAAUGAGAAAAGGGACUUCAGCACCUAUAGGACACAUCCCUGUACCCGAGGGACCUUUUAAACACUUGGUAAUGGAUUAUGUCGACAUGAUCAAGUCAGUCAGAGGGAAGAGAUACAUGUUGGUGAUAAUAGAUAGAUUCAGCAGAUGGGUGGAAGCUGUGCCAUCAUCAGACCAGGGCUCUGGGACUGUGAUAAAGUUUUUGACGAGAGAAGUGAUUCCCAGGUUUGGAAUUCCCUCUGAGAUCAGUUCGGACAACGGCUCCUCAUUUAUUCAAAGAACUGUAAAAACUGUCUUGCAACAGUUGCGAAUAAAACAGCGGCUAGGGUGUGUCUACCAUCCCCAAUCUCAAGGAAUGGUUGAGAAGGCAAACGGAACCUUAAAAGCAAAGAUUAGCAAAAUCUGUGCAGACACCAAGUUGAACUGGGUAGAUGCCCUACCUCUGGCACUAAUGAACUAUCGCAUGCAAACUAACAGGACUACAAAUUUGACACCACAUGAGAUGCUCACGGGUAGGCCUAUGCCGGUGCCCUACUUAAGAGGCCCAUAUGAUGGACCGCCUUUGGAACAGCUGCAAGUUGAGUUAAGAACUUACAUGAGACAAUUAACUGCUAUACAUGAGGCUAUAUCUUCACAGGAGCAACGUCGAGGGCCUAGAGAGGACGAAGAAGCUCCAUGUGCAAUCGUACCAGGAGACAAAGUGUAUCUAAGAGUCUUCAGAAGAAAAUGGAAUGAGCCAAGACGAGAGGGGCCCUACACAGUCACAAGAGCAACACCAACGGCAGUACAAGUGGAGGGGAGUACUACCUGGUACCAUCUGAAUCACUGCACCAGAGUACCACAACUGCGACGGCGAGAUCCUGAGCAACCUGACGAGGAAGCCGAGGACCUAUCGGAGACUUCAGACGAAGGUCAGAGCCAAGAUGAUAGUCAAAGAACCCCUGAGGGGAUUCCAGAGUCCGCGCCAGAGACGCCGAGGGCAGCUGAGGGACCGGAGCAGCUCCCACAGCACGAGCCAGAGCAGAGGACACAGCAGGAGGAGCCACACCAGGAGCCAGAGCCGGCACAGUCAGAGCACGCAUCACAGCCAGAGCAGGAGUCCGACGAGCCAAGACAGAGCACAGAACAGAGACACCCGGAGGAACAUGCUAUCAGGACUUUAUACGAUCCUGACAUACAUGGGGAACAUAGUGCAGCUCGAGAUAGCCGCCAUAGACCAGAAUCAGACACCAUCCCAACCGCAACAGGCGCCGGUGAACCACGGCCGGGCCCAGGUCGGGAGGGAGAUGCAGGACCUUAUGGUCACGGUACUACUCUUGAUGAGCUUGGUGCAGACCAUACCACAGACCGAGAGUUUGCCAGCCCAGAAUUAUCCGACGAACAACUACUGGCAGAAGAGUUCCCAACAAUUGACUUGUCAGCACUUGAAUGGACACCCUACGAGUUCAACAUGUGAUGAAGCGCCCCAGUAUGAGAGACUUUGGGACAUUGCUGUUCAAAAUGAAUGGUACAGGUGGGCACACUUCACAGUGGACCAGUCGUACAUGGAUAGUUGCGUGUUUUGCACCCCGUCACCAUUGAGCAAACUGUUCGUUGUACCAAACCCAUAUGAUUACAGACAUUGCGCUGGACAUUAUGUAGGGCACUGCAGUGCCAAGAGAAACACUGUUCCUUUUUGCCAUGCAGAAUGUUUAGCCCUGGCAGGCCGUGAAAAUAGGGAACGUUACUAUGCUCAUUCAUUAUGGGGAGAGGAGUGUAUGGAUAUUGAUGUGAGGAUCCCAACAAAUAUGAUUGAAGUUCCCGCAGUUUAUGAAAUAGAUUAUACAUUGCAGUACGAAUGUUACAAUAGCACAAAUGAAAAAGAGGGCAAUAAUGUGGGAAUUUUUGAAGGGAAUUGUAUAACUAUUUGGCAUUUAGAUAAGACUAUGAGAGGGCAGCAGGGGAUAAUAAGACAAUGGAAUAAUAAAUUUGCUUCCGCUACAAUUUCAGAUAAUUUCACAGUGAUAGGAUGGGAAAAUUGCCCAAAAAUGACAAUAGGAUGGCCCUUGAUUGAAUCGUAUGAAAAUCAGGCUAAUGCUAUAGCUGAUUACUUUUGGGUUUGUGGUGGAGGCAAACUAAGACCAACACUACCAAAACACUGGAGAGGUUUAUGUGCAAGAGUAAAGCUAAUACAAGAUGCCACUAUGAUCACAUGGGAUCCGAAUGAGAAUGUUAAAAGUGAGCCAAAACAGAAAAUAGUGAAAAGGGCCUAUCAGAGUGACCCAAAUGUUUACAUAGAUGCCAUUGGUCAACCUAGAAAUAUCCCACACCAGUUUAAAGCAAGAGAUGAAGUUAAAUCUGGAUUUGAGUCUAUUUUUGUAUGGAUUACCCCAAAUAAGAACACAGAAUGGAUAAAUUAUCUGUAUUACAAUCAACAAAGGUUUAUUAACUACACAAAUGAUGCACUUAAAGCUCUUGGAGAACAACUAGCCCCAACAAGUAAAAUGGCAUGGCAGAAUAGACAAGCUCUGAAUUGGUUAUUAGCUGAAAAAGGAGGAGUCUGUGUAAUGUUUGGAGAAGAUUGCUGUACUUACAUUCCUAAUAACACUGCCCCUGAUGGAUCUUUUACUCAUGCUAUGGAGAAGUUGAAAAACCUUAGAGAUGAAAUAACGGCUAAUGCAGGAAGAGAUGUGGCAUUUGGGACAUGGUUUGAGACAAUGUUUGGGUCCUGGGGAAAAUGGCUGACCAAAGUAGGAAUAACGAUUGCUGUUGUAUUAAUGAUCUUUGCAAUAUUGUUCUGUUGUGUUCUCCCCACACUAAGAUCGUUGUUGGUUAAGGCCACAGCUAGACAAAUGUUACUGCAUACAGAGAUAAAUGUGCAACAUGACUCUGAAGCAUUUAUGUUAACCAUGAUUACAGCAAUGGACAAAUGUGAAGAAUCUGAGACCCCUUAGCUUGUUAAACAACCAAACCAGAAAAAGGGUGCCACUUUUAUUUUGCUAUUAUGACUCUGUUUGUAUAUAAGAAAGGGAGAAAGUCUAGAAUUGUAUUUCCUUUUGGGGCGUGUAGCGUAGUUAUAUUAUUUUAGAUAUAAAUAGGUAGGAAGAUAGCUGAUGUUUUGUUUGUUGUUUUUGGCAAAAAACCCUUUCCCCUUGUUUUUGUUUGCCCAUGACAGAUCCCAAAAUGACAAUAAGAGGGACAUGCAUUAUGUGUUUCUUUCUUUCUUUUUCUCUUUCUGCUACUAUUAUCACAAUAUAGAGGCCAAGGCUGGGUGUGUUCCUGGGAGAGAGUUGCAGGGGAUCAUCAAACUGACGUCAGCAGCGAGGUACAGAAGACGACAGGAAGUUAAGAUAGGAUGGAAGCGACGCCUUCCACUGCAGGAGGAAGAAUACGCAUGGGGAAGGCAACAACACUGGAGUGAGAGAGUGGUGCUACAUCCUUCACGACCGUGGUACCCCAGACUACACCUAGGACCAGCAGCACGACAAAUACUGGAACAAGAUCCAGCGGUUCUGGCCGUAGGACAUUCAGUCGCUGUUCAAGCCUAUUACGACAACCUGGCUGGAAUAACUAUUGUCUUUUUCUUUACACAACCUGGACAACGACCAGUUAUAAAUCGAGCGCAGAACAUUUUGACAACUACACGUCACAACUUACCUAUCACGGAGUGGGAAUACCAGUGUGCACAUUACCCAAGAAACUAGACCUAAGAAAGGAAUACAUGAUUGAUGUCAGCUGCCUUUAAGCAGUUUGCUGAGAAGUUCAGGCCAUAUCAUAUGAUCGAUUCUCCACACCGACAACCACCUGCGGACCGAAUAAGAAGGACAUCGCUCUAUUUUCCAUCAAGAAGUGAAUGUACUGAGAGACAGUGUUGUUAUGACUUGGUGAUCUCUGGUUAUGUGUCUGCAUUUUCAGGACAAAGACAACCACAGUCACACAUAGACACUUUGAGAUUGUUACCGCGGGAUGAUGCUAUACUGGCAGUAGGAUUUACUUCAACACAAGAGGAUACAUGGACUGAAAGAAAACCUAGUUGGACUUUGACUGUGUACACCCAAUAUUUGCUUUGGCCCUCAAUUAACCUACAUACAGGGAUUUUGACAUUAAAACCACAUAAUUGUCAUACACGAUUCAAAGCGGGAUCCAGGUUAAAACCAGGUCAGUGGAUGAUCUUCAAUUAUCGUACCGAAGGAUACGAGGUGAAUUGAACCGUAGCAGCUAUCACAAUGGAAGGAAAGCGACACCCAUGGCAUCCCAGGGGGUUUCGAGGACUGUGCGGAGAGCGAGGCAUAGCUUCUAUGAUGUUCAUUUUAACAUGUGUAAUAAUAAUACCAAUUAUUAUGAGAAACGGCAUGAAUAUGGAUCCAAAUGACAUGGACGUCUUGAACACUACCUUGGGACGGGUGGACUGUGGAGUAAAUGGUACAUCAUCUGAACAUUUCUUCGGCGAUCUACUGGUUCCAGAGUCUGAGUCAAAGCAUCAAAAGAAAAGACGAAGUGUCAACAGCAAGAUGAGACAGCCUUCCGACGCAUGGAUGGAACACCCCAAUCCCCCUCAUCAUUAUGCUACUAACAUGUGGUGGAGGUUGACGAAUCAUACCGUAAGAAUGAAUGCUGCCGGACACUGUUAUGUUUGUGCUCACUUUCCUCACAGCACCACCGGAGGGGAUUGGUGGCCACAUCAGAAUCCCAACAACACAUUUGAAGCAGCCAAGGCUGCAGUAGCAGCUGCUGGACGAAAGAAAGGCCUUGACGCUAAAUUACGAGAAGAAAUAGGACUAAAGUUACCCCAAAUUGAUGAGAAUAUGAUGCACGACACUUGGAUUCCACACCCUCUUCCUAAUAGACUUUUUGCUCAGAUAGCAACUGUUAAACAUGUCCCUAACUAUCUAGUCUGUUAUGAAAGAAAGUCAGGAAGUCAUGCUUUGGGGACGAUACCAGAGCAAAAAUGUUCAGACAUCUAUAAGCCUAUAAGCAAAUCGGUGAAACAAAGUUGUAUGGCCUGUCUUCGGUAUGCAGACGACUUAAAUCCCCCUGUUACAACUUUCACCGUUACUCAUAAAGUACCACAGCCACUUGUUACCUACCAAUAUCUUCUUACUUCCGAAAAAGGACGAGCAAAAUGUCCAUCAUGCUCAACUGUGCAUGUUCCUGAUCGCAAGGGAACUGGAGUCGUUGAAGGAUACUAUUGGCUCUGUGGCUAUCAAAUAUAUUUGUCACUACCAAAGAACUGGACAGGACUGUGUGCUUUGGUUCAGUUACAUGGAGGAGUUAUUAUCUUGCCUCAUCAAGCAAUGAACAGUCAACGGCGUGUGAGAAGAGGAUUGUUCAACUUCCUAACAGACAGCCCAGUGCCAAAAAAUCAUCACAUAUGGACAGUUGCAGAAAAGAUUGCGGUUGCAUUUGCUCCAGCAAUAGGAGUAGAAUCACUGAUGACUGGUUUGGAAAUCACUAGAUAUGAGUUUUCUUCAUUCAUCAACACAACAAAACUCAUGAUGAAAGGAAUCAAGGAAGAAUUACAAGGAUUACGUCUUACUGCUCUUCAGAAUCGUUUGGUAUUGGAUCAACUUACUGCAUCGCAAGGAGGUGUUUGUGCUAUGAUUGGAGAGACUUGUUGCACAUACAUACCAGACAACGAUGCAGAUGGACAUCUCAUCGAACAAGGAAUACAAAAUAUUUCAAUGCUUUCUGCCAUGAUGGCAAAGGAUGAAGUAGAUUCAGAUAAUUGGAUAUGGAACUGGCUUAACAACAUAUUUCCCAAUUUGCAUAAUAUAUUGAUGUUGAUAAUCUGCAUUGUGGCGCCAAUUCUGAUGUUACUGUGUCUUUGGCCUUGCAUAAUGCAGGCGGUAAGGAGGAUUGCUAGACCUGCUCCUCACCAUCAGAUGGUAGUAUACUCAGUCAGAGACGAUCAAUUUUUUGCAAUCUAAUACAGAGGGCAUUGUUAUUAAGUAAAUGGUAACAAGCAGGAGUUGUCCGUGUUACGAGAUAACCUAAUCGGUCAGAUGGAUUUCUAUUUUUAUAGCUUAUAAGCAUGUCCUUUUAAGGCAAUAACUAUUAUCAUUACUGUUGAUUAUUCUUGCUCACGCACACAUAUAUUCGUUUUGAAGCACACAUAUAUUCAUUUUGAAGUACACAUAUAUUCGUUUUGUAGAACACAUAUUUUAAGUAGAAAUUCCUCCUAUGUUAGUAAUAAUCAUGUGUGGGACUCUUACGGAGUCCCAAAGGGGGGAAUAUAUUGUGUAUAAUUCUGAUCAUAUUCUGUGUACUAUGGGGCUUUUUAUUUACCCCGAUUAUAAAGAAGUAUUCAUAGGAAUGUUUGUAACAAAGACGUGUUAGUAGAUCAGAAAUCACAUUAACUUAGAGAUGAGUAUUGGAGUAGAUCAGAGAGUAGAUCAGAAAUCACAUUAACUUAGAGAUGAGUAUUGGAACGAUAAGAUUGUUUGAAUGAUAUAAUCAAUACAUUUAUGCAUGAUUCUUGACUUUAUGAACUAUUUUAAUCAUUUUCAGUAAUACAAAAUCCAGGGAUGGUGUGAAGGCCAGACCCAAAUAAAUUAUAGCACAGCUCAUUUUUGAAAAGCCAGAUGGCACAACUUAUUUUUUAAAAAAUUAAGUCAAGGUUGAGAUUCCACUAUUAGACAUGAAACCUUGUUGCCUAAAGAUAAUGGUGGCAGACAAGGACAGUUAGGAUGAUAAAAAAUAAAGUUGAUAACGGGUAAUUACCUGAUUGGUUCACCUUUGAAAAGUUUCACUAUAAGUAGAGGCUGGAAAACACCAAGUUUUCAGAUGUUUUGGGGACUUGGAACAUCUCACUUUGUUUGACUUGUACAAAUAAAGUUGAAACUUUGACACCUGGA